UUGAACAAAAAAAAAAAAAAAACUAAUUAAACUCUUCCGCUUAAUUACACUCGCCUUCCUUAUUAUUUCCAAACAUUCCCGUCCCUUCGUUUCUCUCUCUCUUUCUCUCUCGCUUUUUCUUUCUUUCACGACGUCUGCCUUGCCAAACGGACUUAUUGUUGAAGUGGUUGAAAACUCUUGGAAAUCAUAUGCAUAUGGAUGGAUUACUUAAAGAACAUUGAGUGAUAUAGGAUUUGGGGUUAUCACUUGCAACAAAAUAUAAAAUGGCUCCAUCUAAUAAGGCUGAUAGAAAAACAGUUCUAGAUGCGGCUGCUUGGAUGUUCAAUGUUGUCACUUCCGUUGGAAUUAUUAUUGUCAAUAAAGCCUUAAUGGCUACUUAUGGUUUCAGUUUUGCAACAACAUUAACUGGUUUGCAUUUUGCUACCACAACCUUGAUGACGGCUGUUCUAAGAUGGUUAGGAUACAUUCAAUCUUCUCAUCUACCCUUGCCAGAGCUUUUGAAAUUUGUUUUGUUUGCAAACUUCUCUAUCGUUGGAAUGAAUGUUAGUCUGAUGUGGAACUCUGUGGGAUUUUAUCAGAUUGCAAAGCUUAGUAUGAUUCCUGUAUCCUGCUUUUUGGAAGUUGUGAUGGACAAGAUUCAGUACUCCAGAGAUACAAAGCUGAGCAUAGCUGUUGUUCUUCUGGGUGUUGGUGUUUGUACUGUCACUGAUGUGAGUGUUAAUACCAGAGGUUUUAUAGCUGCCUUUAUUGCUGUAUGGAGUACUUCUCUGCAACAAUAUUAUGUUCAUCACCUUCAACGAAGGUAUAAUCUUAGUUCCUUCAACCUACUGGGACACACUGCUCCUGCCCAGGCUGGAACACUGUUGCUAUUUGGUCCAUUUCUGGACUAUUGGUUGACAGACAAGAGAGUUGAUGCCUAUAGUUAUAACCUAGUAUCUGUGAUGUUCAUAAUUCUUUCAUGUACUAUAGCAGUAGGGACGAACCUCAGCCAGUUCAUCUGCAUUGGCAGAUUUACUGCAGUUUCCUUUCAAGUACUGGGCCAUAUGAAGACAAUCUUUGUGUUGAUUAUGGGAUUCUUUUUCUUUGGAAAAGAGGGUCUCAAUCUGCAUGUGGUUCUGGGCAUGAUCAUAGCUGUGGCUGGAAUGAUUUGGUAUGGAAAUGCUUCAUCCAAGCCUGGUGGGAAGGAGCAUCGGAGCCUUUCUCUCCCGACCAGCCGACAAUAAAAGCAUGGUAAUUUGUCAGAUUCUAAUGAACUAAUUCCCCAUUCAGGAUAAGUUAAGCAUACAUGGGUAGCUGAUUGCAUAAAGUUAUUGGUUAUCCAUCAUUAGAAGAACCAACCAAUUAUUUUUAUCCCCAUUUUUUGUAGUUCCUAAUUCUUUGGUAUUGGGUUCACUCUGAGGGAAUGGAUCAUUUUCGGAUAGGAUUAGAUGCUUUUGAAAUUUUGCUUUUCUUUUUCAGGAAUAUAAUUUAUAUAAUUUCUUUUCAUGCCUUUUUUUUUUUUUCAAUUUACUUCAAAACCAUCAGUUGUCUUCAUAUUGAGCUAUUAUUUGAAGCGAAGCAA